GGUUAGUUGGUCAAGACUGCAGGGGUAGAAGUCACAACACAACGGCUGUUUUGUGAUGUGGCAUUUUAAUCUAAAGGACUAGCUACUCAUUAUGGAGAUAUUUCUAAAGUUACUGCUAACUUUAUACACACUGCAUCUGUCUGUCUAUUUUAGCCCAGUUGUGAAUGCAUCCAGGAGGCCAUGGACAGCUGCUUAUAACAGUGGGGCUGGGACAAGGAGGUCCAGAGCUGUAAACAGGCCGAUACCCAUCAACUGUAGGCUGGGGAGCUGGUCAUCUUGGACUCCUUGUAACUCCUGCACAGACCAAAAGGUCCGUUUCCGAUACUUGGAGAAGCCCUCACAGUUUGGCGGCACAGUAUGCAUUGACACACUGUGGGAAAAGUUGGCAUGUCCAACAGCAACAACACAGUGUCUGGUGACAGAUUACUGUGGAGAGAGCUUCACCUGCAAAGAAACAGGGCGCUGCAUCAGCCAGUCUCUUCGCUGUAACGGAGAGCCAGACUGUGAUGAUUUUUCUGAUGAAGAUGACUGUGAACACUUCAACCAGAGAGACGACAAGUGUUCAAAGCUAAUGCCGAUUCCUGGUGCUGAACGUGGCACUCAGGGCUUCAACAUCUUGACUGGAGACCUUGUGGAUCAUGUACUUGACCCGAGGUACUUUGGAGGAAAGUGUGAAUAUGUCUAUAACGGUGAAUGGAGGAAAUUUAUUUAUGAUGCGUUCUGCGAGAACCUGCACUACAAUGACGAUGAGAAGAACUACAGGAAACCUUACAACUACCAUACCUACCAGUUUGUGGCUGAAGCUACGUCAGAGGGCUCUCAAGAAUACUAUGAAGAUGUGGUGAGCCUGCUGAAUGCGAGGAAAACUAUGCAUUCUUCCAAUGGCGGCGUCUCCGUUGGGAUCUAUUAUGUUGAAGUGGGACUGAGUGGAAGCAGAGAAUCUGACUUUCUCAAGAACUUAACGCAGCAUAAAAAUCAGGACCUUGGGUUCAUUAGGCUUUGGUCCAAGGUGCAAACUGCCCACUUCAAGAUGAGAAGUAAUAAUCUGAUGCUUCAUGAAGAUUUCUACAUUUCACUCAUGGAGCUACCAGAGCAGUAUGACUUUGGGACGUACUCCCGCUUCUUCAGCACAUUUGGCACCCACUACGUCACAGAGGGAACGAUGGGGGGAACCCUCGAAUAUGUCGUGGUUGUCAACAAAACAGCUAUGGCAGAAUCAAAGCUGGAGGGUAAACAAGCUGGAAGAUGCUUUGGAGCCUCUAUCGGUUUAAGCUAUCCCUCCGCCGACGCUAUAUCAACAGAUCUAAAAGUGGGUGUGAAUCCAUGCAAUAAAAAAGGAUCAUUUAAUCAAGCCAAAGACUCUGAUUCAGCUGUCAUUGAGGAUAUUGUUACUUUGGUGAAGGGGGGAGUCACAGUCAGCAGCAGUGGCGUGUUGGCUAUCAGAAACCCGAACACCUACAGAAACUGGGGAGCAUCCCUCAAAUACAACCCAACACUCAUCGAAUACGAGAUCAUGCCAAUUUAUGAGCUAGUGCGCCUCAGCACAGCUGCUGACCAUGUCGGCACAAGGCUUGCCAACUUGCAGAGGGGUUGGGAAGAAUAUCUGCAGCAGUUUGACUCCUGUCGCUGCGCCCCCUGCAGGCACAACGGCAUCCCUGUCCUCACAGGUACCUCCUGUAACUGCAUCUGUAAGUUGGGCUACCAUGGGGAGGCCUGUGAAGAGACUCUUAGAAGAGAUGCAAAGACAGAUGGCUCAUGGUCUUGUUGGGGGACCUGGUCAUCGUGUGCAUCGGGGAGAAAGACUCGGACAAGAACCUGUGAUAAUCCUGCACCUGAUGGGGGCGGAGCAACCUGCCUAGGCUCCUCCUCUCAGACUCAGCACUGUUAAAGUCACUCGGGUUUCAGGGUUAUAAUGCUGAGCAUAAUAUGUGUGCUUUCAUGAAUAAAAGCUGCUCUUCCACAAUAAUUUUAUUUGUCUGAACUCUCAAAGAGAAAACAAAUUGUUUGCCUUUAUCAGGACACACAAUAUGAUGUAGUUUAUAUCAAGUAGCAAUAAAAUAUUUUGAUGUGAAGACUUUA